AUAAUUCUUACCCUUGAAUAGAAGCACGUUUUCAUUGUGCAAUACAAAAACAUAUUGGAAAUAAGCAAGUGAGAAUGCGAGGGGUGAAUAAAUAUAACGUGCAUACACAUUCUUCUUUCCAUUCGAUAAUACAAGCACAAAUACGUUGAAGAAAGAGAAGAAAAAAAAAGUGUAGGAAAAAUUUGUAAAUAUUCCAUUCAGUGAGUAAGUAGGAGCUAAUAAAAGCGCUAGGAAAUUUUUUUUAAAAAUAUUUUUUUUUAUUUUUUAAGAAUAAAAACGAUAUUUAGUAAUAUUCUUAAUACUCUCAAUUUAGAUUAUUAAAUCAAAGUGAAAGUUAAGUGUUAAACUAUCGCUUAAAAUAGGAGCUAACAAAUUUGAUAAAAGACUAUGAAUUAGUUAAUGAUAUAAUUCUGCUGAAGACACUUGUAUUGUAUUAGAAAAUGGUUAUGGCUUCUACCGAGGAACAGGAUAGAAGAAUUGUUUUAGAAUUUUGCCAUCUGCUGGAGAAAUCAAAACAGCUAUUUAAUGGCUUACGAGACCUGCCACAAUAUGGUCACAGGCAGUGGCAAGCUUAUUUUGGUCGAACUUUUGAUGUGUACACAAAGCUAUGGAAAUUCCAACAGCAACAUCGGCUAGUACUUGAUUCAAAAUAUGGUUUAAAGCGAUGGCAGAUAGGAGAAAUUGCUAGUAAAAUUGGACAAUUGUAUUAUCACUAUUAUUUACGUACAAGCGAAACAAAUUAUUUGAAUGAAGCAUAUUCAUUUUAUGCUGCAAUACGCGGACGUGCUUAUUAUUCACGUGCUUGUAAAGAAGAUCGGCCAGAUCUAAUGGUCAAAAAGCUGAGAUAUUAUGCUAGAUUUAUCGUUGUAUGUUUAUUAUUAAAGAAAAUGAAACUUGUGAGAGAGCUUGUCAUUGAAUUGGAACGACAAAUACAGGAGUAUACUCAAACCUAUGAACCUGAAGAUGCUUUAGAGUGGGCACUAGUGUUAGAUGAAAUAAAAGGAUUCAUUAAAGCUGAUGCAGCUGUGUCGGUGCUUCAUGCUGAAAAUGCAAAUCCUAUUGUACUCUCACACAGUGGUUCUGGUUCCAGAUUAUCUCCAUUGACAACACCACCAUGUGAGCGUUCACCACAGAUGACAUUGUCGUUACAAGAGAUUCUUAUCGUUGGUUCAGCUGUCGAACAAGCUAAAUUUAGUGAAUUGACUAUGGAUAUGUUUAGAAUGCUUCAAACAUUAGAGCGAGAGCCGCAAGAGUCUUUUCAUCAUGGAGUGAUGCCUCAUCAUCCAAUGACACACGGAGGUCCACAUGAUGCCAGUCCUGCAACAAAUCGAAUGCCCACAACAACCUAUGUGCCUGGUUCAAAGGGUUAUAUAGAAAAUGGUGAUAAUCGCCGAUCAAUUCGAGAUAAUCCACACAAGUAUUUACUUUAUAAGCCAUCACUAAGUCAGUUAAUGGUAUUCUUAUCAAGCGGGUUUAAAGAAUUGCCUCCCGGAGGAGCAUUGUUGCUUUAUAUAUCUGCUGAUGGUUGUUUCUCGACUACGAAACAUCCGCAGGACUGUGAGUUGACACCUUCCUCAUUAUCGGAAUUAAAAUCUCAAAAGAAUGUUUCAAAACUUUCAGAUGGAUAUGAGUUAGGAGGCUUAGGUUUAGCUACAAGUGUGAAAAGAGAUGGCACAGAUAGUGCAGUGCCUGCACGUGGAAAAACUGUCGCACAUUAUAAAGAACCUCAUUGUUUAUAUCCCGGCGAUUUAUAUCCUUAUACGCGUCGCCCUUUGUUCAUUAUUAUAGAUUCAGAUAAUUCCUUUGUGUUUGCUCAUAUUCCAAAAUACUUCGGACAACCAUUAGUGAUUCUUAUGUCUCCGCAAGAUGUACCACAAAAUUUUCAAGCAGAUCUUCAUCAUCAUGGUUCAAUAUUUACACUUUUUUUGCAUUCGCCACUUACUGCACUUUGUUAUAUUUGUAAUGUUGGAGACGUUGCAAUUCACCAUUGGGAGCGAUGUCAAAGUUAUAUUGAUCGUUUCGUCACUGAAGCAUCGCGUCUUGUGACACGCUGUCGAAUGGACGAGAUCGAGCAAGGAAUUGGAUUCAUAGAUUCAUCAUAUGUGCAAUUUUUCGGCGAUGACUUUCUACGAACAUUAAUACUUCGAUUUGUUUUCUGUGAUGUGGCAUUACGAUUACAUAGAAGCUUUCGUGGACGGCAUAUGAGGCCGAGAUGUGAACCGCCCUUGCCAGGUCCUGAACUCUUAGAACAUCCAUCAUUAGCUCAUAUAAUUUUACAAUUAGCUACACAAUUAGACGUUAGAGGACAUUUCUCUGACCCAAGCGCUCCUGAAGGUGACUGAAAUUGAAACUACUAUAAUUAAUUUAAUCUGGUUAUAAUCUGAACGAAAAAAAAAAAUAAGAUUUAGUAAAGAUAUAAUCACAACAACAAGAAUGUAAACGAAGAAGAAGUAACAGAAUUUCCUUUCAUCUCAUUUUGUUCUGCUUUAUAUCGUCAUCAAAAUUAUAUAUAUGAAGAUAUUUGAAUAUGCAAAAAAAGACACAAAAAAAACGAUAUUAGAC